GUGUGAGCGCAACUCACAGUCACUUUAUUCCCACUGUGGCGCUCCGCUGCGCGCACUCUCAAGUUCAAGGCUGCCGAUCUUCACCGCGACCCUCGAGGCGAAGCCGAACACUGUUUUGAAAGAUAAACCAUGAGUGACUUCCACGCGUGAACUGCAUUCGUCACACCUUCGUCUCCUCGCGGUUCUUCUAUACCUUGCACGGACACUGCACAGACACACACGCGCGCGCGCUGUUGAAGCAGGAGAAGGCGGCGCAGUGCGCACAGUCAGCGGCACAUCAUGCACUGUCAAGCCGAGCUGAGGCUCUCCUCCUCCGGGCAGCUGAAGGCUGCCAGGCGGCGCUACAAGACGUUCAUGAUCGACGAGAUCCUCUCCAAGGAGACUUGUGAUUAUUUCGAGAAACUUUCUCUCUACUCGGUGUGUCCUUCCCUCAUUGUCCGACCAAAGCCUCUUCAUUCAUGCUCGGGCUCCUCUUCGCUACGUGCUCACCCGCUCCUCUCCGUGAUCACGCGACAGCCCCCCAACCUGCCCCCCCACCUCCCCCAGCCCUCGUCUACGGGCGGGCUGCCCUCGCACCUGUCCCUGCUCUCCCCACAGCACCCCCGGGGGUCCGAGGCCUCGCCCAGCCAGACGCCCCUCAGCAUCAGCAGCGACUCGGACACGGAGCACAGCACGCCGCGCCUGAAGAAGCCCCGCCGCAGUCGCACCAUCUUCACCGAGCUGCAGCUGAUGGGCCUGGAGAAGAAGUUCCAGAAGCAGAAGUACCUCUCCACACCAGACAGGUUAGACCUGGCUCAGUCACUCGGUCUCACACAGCUCCAGGUGAAGACAUGGUACCAGAACAGGCGUAUGAAGUGGAAGAAAAUGGUGCUCAAAGGAGGUCAUGAGGCCCCGACAAAGCCCAAGGGAAGACCCAAGAAGAACUCCAUUCCCACCACGGAGGAGAUCGAGGCCGAGGAGAGGAGAAUGCAGAUAGAGGAAGAGGAGAGGAUGAGGAGGGAGGCUGAAGAAGGGGCGCCGGCUCACGGGGGAGAGCUGGAACGCCAAGAUCUCAGUUCAGAAACUCACAACUCAGCGGGGAUGAUGGAGGCGUCCGAGCGAGAGCCACCACUCCUGAAUCAAUCAGAGACUCACACUGCCAGCUAAGCGAGAACAAAGCAGCCAAAGACUUACGUCAACCUGAAAACAAAUAGUGCCUCAGGAUCACCUGUGAAAAAGAAUUGUGUGGUAUUUAGUGCCAUUUGCUUUAGGGCUUUGACUGGAAACACAAGUGGUGGUAUCCAAUCUUUACCUAAUGUAGCCUUUUAUUUUUUUGUGUGUACUGGAAACUGUACCAUACAAAGAGCUAACACGUGUAGACACUGAUUGCACAGGUAAAACAUUGGCCACUCACUGCUGCACAGCACACGGAGUGUAAAUCUGUCAAAUCCAAACAGGUCAGUCAAGCCUUAACACAGCGAUGUGUAUCGCGACGUCGAGCUCGGCGUACCUCUCAGCCGCGAAAGAUCACACGCAGCGCGGAUCCUCGAAGCGGCAUCACGCGGCGCAUGUGCCAAAAACUGCAACUUUGCCUUUGUGUCUUCUGUGUAUUCAUGUAUCGUAAAUCUCUCGACACUGCCAAAAAAAAAAAGAGUAGAAUAUUAAAUGGCUACAGUGCCUUGUUGAUCUCAGAGGAAAGCGUUUGAACUGUUCAUCAAAGUCACUUUGACAUACAGGUAUAUUUUAAGAGCGGGUUGGAGUAGACUUCUCUACAGCUUUAAGGCACAAAUGUAUUCAUUAUUUGUUCAGUCAAUCCACAUGAAAAUCAAUCUCUGCCAAGCCAUACACUGUAUCAUAAUGUAGAAAUAUGUAUAUAGUAUAAAAUGUAUGAUCUUUCAGAUAUAUAUGUAAAACAGUAUUUUUGAGUGCUGUUUUGAAUUGGAUUACAAUAGUUUUUUAUGUACAAUGUUUUUUUUUUCUCUUCUUCUUCCGUCUUCCGCGGGAAGUAGGAUGACCCUGCUCUCUGCUGCAAGACCACAGCAUUUCUCAAGAUGCCACGGAAUCUCAGAGGGAAUAAAUUAUACAGCUACACAGAAAGUGCCGAACAUUUACAGUCAUUGCAUGAGCACCCCAGUUUAUACGUUGCCGUCUUCGCCUGCAUGUCACGGACAUCAAUCAAAGUUCUCCACUCACGUACUUUUCUGUGAUUUGAAAGAGUUUCACCUUUUGAAUCCGACAGAUUUAUUUUUGUUUUGUUCUUGUUCCACAUGAAAAGUGCAGUAUUUUUCUGAUGUACAUAACGUGUGUUUGGUAAAGUUUGUUUGCUGUAUGUUUGUUUUUUUUAGGUUUGUGUAAAAUCACUUUUACCAUAUACUAUAUAAAAGUGUGUGUUUAUGUAUUUGAAUACAAUUAAUAAAAAA